GCAAUGGGAUGUUUGUAUGCAAAUGUGCAUCUGGAUGGACUGGAAGUGAUUGUUCUCAAGGUUUGAGAUUGACUGUCAAAGCAUCUUAUAAAAGGGCGUUAUCAUUGUCAAAAUUCCUAUUUAUAUUGGUGGGUAGUGUGUGUUGUGCUUUGCUACUUAUGGUGCUGUUUUUCUUUGCCUCCAAAAACAAAAGAGCUAGUCUGCUGUCAAAAGUAAGAGAUUCACAUUUAGCUGAAAAUGAAAAGAUGAAGGAGAUAGACGAUAAUGGCAAUAAUAUCAAGAAAAAGAAAACAAACAGAAAGAUUUCUGAUGAAUCUUCAAGAAUUCGUUCUGCCUUGAAAUUCUGAUUUAAAACAACAAACGUUGUGGAGAAAGAAUAGUAAACAUUGCAUUUUUUUUUUUAAUGUGGCCACAGCUUGAUUUGCUUGUAUAGCAGGGAGGAUUCCAGUGUCAAAAAAAUGUAAUCAAAGUUCAAAAUGAUGUUUACAAUUUUUGCACCCAAUAAACGUUUGCAAUAUCAGUUUGA